GCCGGCUGCCAUGGAGGGAGUGCUGUACAAGUGGACCAACUACCUGAGUGGCUGGCAGCCUCGAUGGUUUCUUCUCUGUGGUGGCAUUCUGUCCUAUUAUGACUCUCAGGAAGAUGCGUGGAAGGGUUGUAAGGGAAGCAUCCAAAUGGCCGUGUGUGAAAUUCAAGUUCAUCCUGCAGAUAACACACGAAUGGACCUGAUCAUCCCAGGGGAACAAUACUUCUAUCUGAAGGCAAGAAACGCAGUUGAAAGGCAAAAGUGGCUGGUUGCGCUAGGAACUGCCAAAGCCUGUCUGACCGACAGCAGGACACAGAAGGAAAGAGAGUUCACUGAAAACACAGAAGUCUUGAAGACUAAAAUGUCUGAACUUAGACUGUACUGUAACCUCCUCGUUCAGCAAGUGCAUAAAACGAAAGAAGCCAGCAUUUCUAGUGUAUCAGAACCAGAGAGUGAGAUAGAUAUGGGAGCUCUGUUAAAAUCAACCUGUGAUACCUUCCUUAAGACUCUGGAAGAAUGUAUGCAGAUUGCAAAUAUUGCCUUCACUUCCGAGUUAUUGCAUCAGACCCCACCUGGAUCCCCACAUUUAGCAGUGCUCAGAACAAACAAGAUAAAGCACUCUGUCUUGUCCAGCCACACCUCGACAGAAAGGCAGACAGAAUUAAGUCCCUGUGAAAAUGGCUCUGUAAAACCAGAAAUUAACCUUCAAGAGCAAACUUUUACUGCAAGUCUGGAAUGUUUAAACUUGGAAGCAAAUGAGGGGAGUGGCGAUGUUUCUGUUGAAGAUGACAUAGCAGAGGGUUUGGCAGGCACUAAAGAAGAUGGAGAGAACAAGCUGCAAGCUUCAGAAAGCUGUGGUGCACACAAGUUGCUGCAGUCAGAAACAAAUUCUUUAAGUGGAUUGUCUCUGUGUGAGGAAGACAGAAAUGAAAAUGAAUCUCCUACUUUCUUCAGUAUCAUGAGCAAUAGGUUCAGUGAUAUUGAACUUCGGGAGGAGGAGGGCAUACCAACAGAAGAGUUUCUGGAGUCAUGUUAUGCAAUUGUGCCCGUUCUGGACAAGCUGGGACCAACUGUUUUUGCUCCUGUUAAAAUGGAUUUUGUAGGUAACAUUAAGAAAAUAAACCAGAAAUUUAUAACCAACAAAGAAGAGUUUGAUACCCUUCAGAAGAUAGUUCUCCAUGAAGUGAAUGCAGGUGUAGCACAAGUUAGAAACUCUGCUACAGAGGCUCUCUUGUGGCUGAAAAGAGGCUUAAAGUUCUUGAAAGGGUUUUUGACAGAAGUGAAGAAUGGGGAAAAGAAUAUCCAAACAGCUCUGAACAAUGCUUAUGGCAAGACGUUACGGCAGCACCACGGCUGGGUUGUCCGCGGGGUCUUCGCGUUAGCUUUACGGGCAGCUCCAACGUACGAAGACUUUGUUGCAGCUCUGUCUGUAGAAGAGUGUGAUCCUCAGGAAGAAACAUUUUACAAAGGAAUGCAGAGGGACCUAAACAUUUACUUACCAGCCAUGGAAAAGCAGCUAAAUAUCUUGGACACUCUCUAUGAAGUACAUGGUUUGGAGUCAGAUGAGGUGGUAUGACUACAGUAAACUAUGUCUUAAAACUUCAGGGACUGUGUCUGUUAACAAAGAUUAAUUUUGUUUUAUUAUUAUUAUUUUUGGACAUUGUAUCUGUUUGCUGUAUCUUUUCAGGCGGGAAGGGUGUUGUGAGUGUUUUUGGGGAAGGAUAUGUAUGAUUUUUAUUCUUUUGCUUUGCUUGUUUUGUGUUUAAAUGCAGAGGUACUGUUUCUCUUUGGGUCACAGCUAUGUCCAUGAUGAAUGUUUUUGACUGUUUCUCUCCUGCCUGUGCACUUCCUCUUCUCUUCACCUCAUAAAAGUAACAGAGCAGAAUUUGGCUUUUGCUCCUAUACCUCAGGAGAGAGCUGCUAGUGCAGCAGGGUCAUUGGAAUGCCACUACAGAACCCAUGCAGCCACUCCUGGCUCUGGCUCUCCCGUGCCCUGUGCCCACUCCCUGCAACAGUAUAGAAGGGCAGAGGUAGUGAGAGUUAUUGCUACGCUGGCAGCAUAAAAGAAGGGCAGCUAAAUGCCAGCUUAUAAGGUACACAGUGAGUUUGUCCCUUAAUUUGGGUUGAAGCUUUCUACUGCAGCACCUCCCCAAAUAUUACAGACAUCUUCACCACAGCUUAUGUGGCUGGUGAUCUGAACUUCCCCAGGAACCAGCCUUUGAAACUGGGUGUCAUGUUCCCUGACCAGCUCCCAGUAUCUACAACAGUCUCCCUGUCAGCUGCUGCCAGUGGGCCACAAGUAAUUUGCUGGCACAGGCUGGCAGAGCCCAGCUAGUUUCAACAGUGCUUUACACAAGAAAUUGAAGGUCAUGUCCAUCAUCCUGGUUUAUUAAGGUUUUGGUAGGGUUUUCUAUUUUGGGUUUGGGGUUUUCUUAAAUCAAAUUAUCACAAAACCGUAAUAUUUGCUUUUAAAUCAAAUGCAGCUAGAAGUUUUAAAAGUAGAUUUCAUUAAAGUCCUUCCUAGGCUGCCAUUAUGGGCAGAGACUUCAUGAAAGUGGACAUUAAAUGAGUGUAGGGGAAGUUAGAAGGUAUCAUGAAGCCUUUAUACAUGGGGUCAAUUACAAACCUUAAAAUCUGAAAUUACGUAGAAGUGAUGAGAAAUUAAGAAUUUAAAAAUUUGCCCUUUUUCCCAUUUUGCUGAUACAGAUAAAAAUGUUCUGCUUAACACUGCUGCUGUUAAAAAUAAUAAAGAAGUCCGUUUAGCUAGUGAUAUGGUUAAGGACAAAAUUCCUAGUUGUGCUGAUGACCAGAAGGCUGGCUGUGAAUUCUUGGCUGCCCAUUCAAGGCAUAAGCAGAUCUCUCAGUGAUGACCUAGGGCUUCAGAUGGCUUUGUGCAAAGAGCUGAGUUUUAAUCAUGUGCAGAAGGAGAGAAGACUAAUGAGGUACUUAGAAUUAGUAAGACUUUGUAAAUAUAGGAGAAACCAGUGUUGCCAUACUUGGCUUUUGCUAGGCUGAAAACCAUGUUGUCAGUAAAAUGAAUGUACUGCAGGCCUGCUGCCCUGCGUCGCUCUGUGAUGGGAGCCUCUCUGCACACCAAAUACUUCAUCCUUUCUAAAGAGCCUAGCUCUGUAGAGAGCUCCUACAUACUCCAAGAGGAAUCAGAAGGACACUGGGGUUUUACCUUUUUGGAUGUUCUUAAUUUAAGUAGUAUGUAUUUAUUUGAGUACAAAGUUAAAAUAUUGACUAAAGCUCCAUUCAAUUAUUUCACUACUCACAGUGAUAAAAAUGCAGCAGGGGCCUUUGGGCUUCAAGACAUCUGCUUCUUUUAAGCAUGAAUGCAAAGAAACCAUCCCUGUAGUGAACCAAUCAACUCCAUCCUGUGUGGUUUCCUUCAAGGUUUUCAGCUGUUAUGUGGGAAACUUUGCUGUAACAGUUUUUAGCUGAAUGCUUUGGGAAGGUAAUGGGGACCACAUUUCUAGAAAAUACCAGCUGGGGUAUGAGGAGAGCAGGAAGAGAUCCCUCCUCUAUGGAAAUUAACUGUCAGAUCAUGAUGAAAAUUACUUCCCUUUUUGCUCCAAGCUCUUCCAGUAGCGGGAAAGCGUAUUCAGCGCUUAAAGCCUUGGAGGUAUUUUUGAGUUUUCUAUUUGGUUUUGGCUUGUUUUUUAACUAGCAGGAGAACCACUAGUUUGUUAGUAGUGCAUCAGACCCAAUGUUUGAUGCAUAAAGUCAGGCAGCUUUAUUUUAUAGGCAGAAGACUUACCAGCUUCAUUGACCCAUUAGCUUCACCAAUUACUAACUUCUACUGUUCUUCUUUCUUCUAACAAAUAGAGAGUAAUCCACCUUGUAUAUCAUGCAAUCAGCAUGGCGUCCCGCCUCAGAGCAGACUUUCUCAUCUUGCUCUUCUGUGUAAAGUAGGACUUUCUGAACUCUGGAAUUGGUGCUUGAGAACAUUCUUAGGAAACUGUGGCUUCAGGAGACCCCUGUGUGCUUGUUGUUAAACAGGGGACUUGUAGAGAAGGAAUUUAUCAAGGUCUUCUCUUCAAAACUUGUCCUUCACCUUGCACUGCUCUUGCAGGGCAUUGCGUUCUUCUAAGACCUAUGAAUUCUAGAUUUCCAGUGAAACCACCACUGAGAAAGAAACCCAUACAGCAUGUUGCAGAGCUGAGCUCCAAGUUAAGGAUGCAAUAGACCAGAUAACCAAGUGGAAGCAAAUACACUGCUAGACAAUUCACUUCUUUCUUUUCCUGUGACAUCAGUUUGGGAAACAGAGAGAAUUGCUUUUUAUUUUAAUAAUUGUAGAAAACAAGCAACUAACUUUUGACCUUCAAAUUUAGAAUUUGAGAGAAGGUCAGUGUCUUCUGUUUGAUUUGUUUGGCUUGUUGAUUGGUUAGGGUUGGUUUGUUGUGUUGUGUUUUUUUUUUAAUGGCUGACAUUUAGGAACAACUGACCUGCAUACUGAUAGAGGUCUGUGUGACUCUAAGAUCACAGCACCUUUGCACUGUAUAUUUUACAUUAACUGCUUUGGUUUCUUCAGCUGCACUAUUCUAAAGUUUCCUUCCCUUUAGAAAUGCUUUUGGCUGUUUUCUUCCAUGUCUAACAGUUGCAUAUUCUCAGGGAUUUUACUUAGCCAUGGCAAAAUAAGGGUAAUUGCAGUCUUAAUGCUAGACGAGUAAGGCUACUUUUUGUUAAAUUAGGAUAGCUGGGCAUGGAACAAUGUAUGACACUGGCAGUGUCCAUCCAGUGCACAUCCUUGCUGAGACAUGGUAAAUCCCAAAGCAAUCCCAUAGAAGUGCUACCUAGUGCUGAAUAAUGGCAGUCAGCUUAUCUGACUAGAGAUCACACAUCUUUGCAGUGCUGUUGGCAUUAGAGCAGAGCUCUCAGUUUCAGUAGAGUUCUGCUUUGCAAUGGGAGGCUUUUAUUUAUUUUAUUUAUUUUUCUGGUUUUGUUGGGUUAUUUUAAACAAACUAUGUUUUGGAGACCCCUCUGCUGUUUUAAGACACCAUAUUCAGUUGCAUAUUGAAGUUCUCUGACAUGAGAAUUGUAGAAUACCACCUGGAUAAUCAAGUGCUUUAGUGUAAUCUGAAGGAGUCAUUGAAACAUCCCAUCUCACCACCGUUGUGUUAUGGGUCUCCCUUUAACAGAUGCACUUAAAGCUAAGGGCCAUAUACCUUCAUUAUGAAGCUUUUUGUUAAGGGGCAUCAGGGUUUAGGUUACAGCUGUUUGCUUUAAAAAUGUUUCAUGGUUUGAAAAGUGUCACUUGCUUGGCUGGGCAUAUAAAAAGUGUGCCCCAAGUGUGCUCCAGUUGUUUGCAGCAUGUUUUGGCAAAGGGGUGGCAACCAUUACAGAAAACAGAGUUAUGUGUGUCUGUGUAUGCCAGAUCUUCUAACCCUUUCUUUUCAUUAUCACUUCAGCUUUUGUGAAAAACUUUAGGGAAAUUUAAACUGCCUUUCUGACACCAGAAGAGAUCACUAGCAUGUUCCUACCUGCCUGUCUUUCCCUCUUCCCCCACCUGGUCCCCACCCCUUCCUUUCCUUCCAUUGUCAUCUGCUUUGGUACCAGAGCUGUUGCUGUCAAGUGGAAGCAUCUUUCCACUCCACAAAUGGGGGUCUGUCUCUGCUCCCAAGGAACAAGUGACAGGACAAGAGGAAACAGCCUCAAGUUGCCUAGGGGAGGUUUAGACUGGAUAUUAGAAGAAACUUCUUCACUUGAAGGGUAAUUAAAGACUGGAACAGGCUUCCCAGAAAGGUGAUGGAAUCACCAUCCCUGGAGGUCUUUCAAAGCCAUGUAGAUGUGGUGCUGAGGGACAUGGUUUAAGCACUGAACUUGGUAGAGUUGGGUUAAUGGUCAGUAAAGUUGGGUUAUGGUUGGAAUCAGUUAUCUUAAAGGUCUUUUCCAAGCAGAACAAGUCUGGGAUUCUGUGAAAUGUAAAUUUGGAAAAUCAGAGCUGAUUUCUUUGGCAGGCAACCAAGCAUACUGGCAGAUGGAGAAUGUUCUGCUUUUCUCUGAAGUUUCUCUUUGGUUUGACAUAUUUUGCCAGCAAAACCACACCACUUUGAAUGUUUAAUUUUAUUGAUGGAAUUUAAAUUUGGACACUUAAGACUUGGCAGUUCUACCUCUUACAAGUAAAAGCACAGGGAUGUAUAUGUAUAUAUAUUUUUUUAUUAUUAUUUGCUUCUCUCUCUUUUCUUGCCUGCAUAGUACAGGCAACAAAAAAAGGAGAAGGGAGGUGGGAAUAACUGAAUUAAUGUGUCUUUGCUACCUUCUGUAGCCCCUUAAUAAACAAACCCUGCAAACAAUUGCAUGCUUCAAGCAAUAUAAAAUCACCCUCAUGUAGAAGGGUAUCAUAGUGCAAUUACUGGCUCUAGACAAGUAGAGGCUCACAGUACACACAAGAAUUUAAGCACUUGCUUUGAUGUUAGAAUAAGGCCAUAUGCUUCACUUAAACCCAUAUGCAUCCUCCCACUGGCAUUCAGUUCUUUAAAAUGUGGUCUUUGACUAAAAUUAUUAAUAUCCCUUUCUUAGUAUGAUUUCUUCACCCAGAUACUCCAGAUGUGCUAUAGGCGAAUAUUUUUUUUUAAUAUAUGAAACUUCCUUGUUUUCAUUUCCUGAUUUCUGCUUAACACUAAGUUUAUUAAUUUUAUUUUGGAUUGCAGCCUUCAGGGGGUCCAGAAGUUAUUAAUUCCUUUAUUUAAAGCCACCUUGAAAGUUUGAGAUUUAUGUCCACUUGAUACUAAACAAGUAAAUUGCAUUCCAGAAUAUGGUGACUAAACUGAAAACCAAAGCAGCAUGCUUAUGUUGUUUUCUAUCUUCUUUUUUCAAGCCAAUUUUGGGCACACAUUUUAUUAAUGUCAAGCUGAGCUUGCUGCAAGCCUUACUUUUAUACAUAUUAAAAUACCUUGCAUACAUAAUGAGAUACAUUUAAAGACAGAAAGAAGGUAUAUUGCCUCACACUUUAAAUUUACUUAAUUCUAAGGGCUUGCUCGUGCCCCAGAAUCACCUCUUCCAAUGUAAGCAUUGCACAAAUCAUGCUGUCAUAAGCAGUUCUGUUCAAAAUACUUUGAAGUUUCCAGUCUGCACCAUCUCUCAAAUCAUACAGCAUCUGUCCCUUCUUUUGGAGCAUUGUUAAGACGUGUCAGACUUUUAUAUUAUUUCAUUAUAAUAAACUUAUUUUAAAUAAGCA